AUGGUUACCAGGAAUUCAUCGAGAUUCAAGCCCUCUCCUGCGAACCCAGAAGACGUCCCAUCAUCUGAUGAUGAUGAAGAGGACCAAACCUAUCAACUUCAGCAACUCAAACCAGCCAAUCAUCAGAUGGCACUAUAUAGGGCAACAUUAAUGCCACCAGAAAGGCCCAGACUUGAAUGCACAAAGAACAAACUGAAUGACUAUAUUUCCCAUUACGAGGAAUUAAAUUACGAUGCGGAUGACCUUCACAACCUUCAUCUCCGAGCCAAAUGGUCACUGUCUGACCAGUCCCUUAAUCUCAUGUUUAAAGCUCACAGCAGAAAUUUUAAUUUGGAACUCCAAAAAGACUCCAAGAUCUUCAGUAAAAAUGCAGAUAUCGAAUAUGGAGAUGGAAGCACAAAGCCAUUGGACACCAGUUUUCUAUACAGAGGGCAGUUACGGGGUGAGCCCGGGUCAUCUGUGUAUGGCAGUGUGUUAGGUGGAGUAUUCACAGGAACCAUUGAGUCUCCAGAGACUGGAAGGUGGCACAUAGAACAUGCCAACAAGUACUUCCCUAAAGAAGUCACAGAGAAGAAAAAGUUCCAUUCCAUCAUCUACCAUGAGGAUCAUAUGGAUAUGGACCCAUACAGGCAUAUCCGCAGUGCAGCUGGUACUGCUCAGUGUGGAAAUAGCAAUAGUGACAUUGCAGACUGGAUGAGCAGAGUUCAGAAUUCUGCUGUGGAUGUAAAGAAAAAAAGUUACAGGACGGCUACCAGGGAAGAUCAUCAGAGGGAGCACAAUAUCUAUUCUGAGGCUUUGAACAGGGUGAAACGAGAGGAAGAAAACUGGCAGAAGAGAGCGACUGUCACUUUAUUCACUCCGCAAAAAAACACCUGCAGUCUGCUCUUACAGUCAGACCCUGCACUGUGGGAUCACAUGAGACAAAUGUAUAGUGAUGACAUGCGUACAGAAGAAGCCAUUAUAGCCAUGUUUCAUACCCAUGUCACGGCCAUCAAGGACAUAUAUCAGAACACAAUAUUUGAGACAUAUGAUGGAUCCAAGAAACUGACUGGUUAUAGUUUCCGUGUUCAAAGAGUGAGGAUUUUCAAGCGUAGUGACUGCUCACUAGCAGCUGUUAAAGACUUCUGCAUUAGAUAUAUAUCUGUCAUCCACUUCCUUAACCUAAACUCUAAAAUGAACCACGACAAGUACUGCCUGGCGUACAUGUUCACGUAUCGUGAUUUCACUGGAGGCACCCUGGGACUGGCGUGGGAGGGAUCAAAAAGGGCAUUUGGUGGCAUAUGUGAAAAAUGGAAGGAGUACAAGGAAUAUGGGCGUGGCCAAGCCACCAGCACCCUCAAAGUGUACAAGAGUCUGAACACAGGCAUUGUGACCUUCAUUAACUAUGGACAGACUGUUCCAUCCAGGGUUUCCUCACUGACGCUGGCCCACGAAAUCGGUCAUAACUUUGGGUCACCGCAUGACCAGGGAAGCAAGUGUACACCCUACACAUCAAUGGGUGACAGGAACGGGAACUAUAUCAUGUUUGCAAGUGCUACAUCUGGAGAAAAACCAAACAACAAGCUGUUCUCCCCUUGCAGUAAAGACAACAUCACUCUGGUUCUUGAUGCUGUGAACAGGGGAGCCAACAAAGUGAACUGUCUUAUUGGUAGUGAAGCUGCUUUCUGUGGAAACAACAUAGUAGAAGAAGGAGAGGAAUGUGACUGUGGAUUUGCCAACAGCAAUGGGGAAUGUACAGACAAGUGCUGCAACCCAGCAGUAGAAAGUGGCAGUAGCAGUAAUGCAUGUAAAAGAAAGCCUGACACAGUGUGUAGUCCGUCGCAAGGGCCAUGCUGUGAUCCGGACACCUGUAGAUAUGUUCCAGAAUCAAAGAAGCUUGUAUGUAGAGCUGCUGCAGAUUGCAAUGAACAACAGAUUUGUAAAGGAGCAAACUACACUUGUCCAGACUCAACAUUGAAGCCGGACUACUCACCCUGUAGAAAUAAUACCAAAGUAUGCAAACAAGGGGAAUGCACUGGGUCUAUAUGUGAAAGAAUGGAGAGUAAUAAUGUCCGCUGGGAGGAGUGCUUCAUUAAAGCUGAUCUUAAAGAUAAAAAAGUUGACAAGACAUCCUUAUGUUAUGUAUCUUGUCGAGAAGGGAAUGAUUCAAAAUGCUGGAGCUCUUUGAAUCAAAAGGAUGGCGGUUUUCCAGAUACUUUUAAGGCCAUGUUAAAAAUUGUUACCAAUGGAGAUGCUAUCAAAGUGCCCCCUGGUGCGCCAUGCAACAAUUUUGCUGGCUACUGUGAUGUGUUUAAUAACUGUCGAGAGGUGGAUGCUAAUGGACCCUUGUCAAGACUCUAG